GAUUCAUUCUCUCUUCAUCACAUCCAUUCUCAAAAAUUUGUCAUCUUUCAUGUUGACCUCGAAACUACACAAAGAUGUUAUGCGUGGUAUAGACAUGGAAGCCGCCGCCGAGUUCUGUCGCAAUGGCUCUUCGCCUCAGGUCCGUCAGGCAGCUGGGGUCACUCGUCCCGAUGAGCCAAUUCGUAUACCAAGCAGCGAGUCUUGCAAUAAUGCUUCUGUCAACUACCGUCCUUCUGUACUUGCCAGUGAACGUGUCCUUCUCUGGACCACUCCUUACGGUAUCACUUUUCAAAAUCAGCUGGAGCAGCUUUAUCCAGAAUCCUAUGUAGUCAAAUUAUUCUUUGUCAUGGCAGAGUCACUGGACGAAAGCACUCGCAAUGACUACGGCGCAGGCCUACUACAUUUCAACCAAUUCUGUGAUCGUCUCUCCAUACCGGAACAAGACCGUAUGCCUGCCUCUGAGGUCCUUCUUUCCAUCUUCAUUGCAGAUGCUGCCGGUUCUAUCUCCAGUAGCACCGCGGACAAUUGGCUCGCUGGCCUUCGCUUCUGGCAUGUCAUUAACGGUGCUCAGUGGUACGGUGAACGUUCAGAAUGUCUUCGUCACGUCCAGCGUGGUCUUCGCCAUCUCGCUCCGCCAAACUUGAACCCCCAGCAUGCUCCUCCGAUCACUUUCGAGUCGCUCGUUCAGUUGUACCAAGGCCUUGAACACUCCAAUACCUUCAAUACGGCAGUUCUGGCCAUAGCUUCUCUCGUUUUCUGGUGCGGUUGUCGUCUGGAGGAACUGGUCAUUCCCGCUUUUGAUUCCUCUGAUAUGACCAAGCACGUAACCCGCUCCAUCUUGCCCAUUGUUACUCAACAGUCAAACACUAUACGUUACUCGACCUUCCACAUACCAUGGACCAAAACCACCGGUAAUAACGGCGUCGACAUCAAUGUUACCUCUCGAGACCAUCUUACAUGUCCUCACGCAGCCCUCUUUCGUCACCUCGAGGCCAAUCCCAACAUCCCAUCUCACGCUCCUCUAUUCUCCUUUCAAACCCCCACCGGCGCCUGGACUUCCAUGACUGAACAGCGGUUCCUGGAGCGCUGCAACCAAUUCUGGAGCUCCUGAUACGAAUCGGCGGAGCCACGAAGCUUCUCAUAGACCCGGGACGUAUAACCUCAGACGUAGUCAACGAAAAUCUCGCACUUUCUUAACCUAUCGACACCGCGUCGCAGCCCUUAAUUAUCGAUCCUGCUUUCUCGUCUAUCACUGCUCUCAUUCGCAUACAUUCAGUCAUACAAUACGUCAUCACAUUUUACUUCCCACCGCCUUAUCACGCAUGUCCCAUUCGCAUUUCGCACGAGAACCACCGUUUUCCGUCAUCACUGUUGUUCAUGUGUCAGUAGCAUACCGGCCGCACGGCAGAAUGUCAUAAUUUGACAACGUCUCGCGUUGUGUUCGUGUGGGUUGCUUGAAAAGGAAGUGCCCCAAGCCACCGUGCUCCUUGAAGGUUUAUUUGAUCCCGUUUCUGAAUUCCCGAUUUGCUGCAUAAGUACUCGGCUACAACACGAAAUGUUCGGACCUCGUUUCCACCUAAUUUCCACCC